UCACUGAUAACGACCAUUUCCUGCGAUUUUCAUAUCGAUCCAGCUAAGUUUGAAAACCACACGUGCACAUUAGUGACAUGAAGUGCACUGACAGCAGUCCGCUCUGCCUGAACUCUGCGGCGGCAAAGCAUUCUGGGUCAGUGCGGUGACAGACGCCAUGAUUUUCCUGUAGCUGGACCAGAAAAUGGAUGCUUCCUGCAGUAGCUGAAUGGGUAUCUGUAUCUCCCCGGGAGGUUACAACUACCAGUUACGGAAAAGUCUCCUGAAAAGACACGAGUCCGCCUGUCGGUUCGCUGUAAGGAGCCGAGUCUGGUAGAAAACUCAGAGAGCAGGCUGUCGCUGCUGAAGUUAGCUAGAGGCUAGCUGCCUAAUGCUAGCAGUCACCAGGCUAGGCUAACACGAUAAUAAUAAUAUUAAAAAUAAAGGCACUGUCUCCUGCUUAGCCAAAGGACAGCGAUAUAAGUCGGAACAAAGGCUACACCUUAAGGUAUGGCCUGGAUUUGAUUCGGACGGUGCUGGUGAUGGCAGAAGGGACUGACACUGUCGAAAUGCCCUCCUUUGACCCAAGUCCUAGUUCUGAAGCAAAAAAGAGACCUUCUUCUUCUGAUGGCAGAGACGAGCCCAUGAGGAAAAUGCCUGUGUCAAAAUUUGGUUCCAGACCUCGAUUUGAGCCUGUUCACUUUGUCAGUGGUGGAAGCAGUGGAGGAACCGGCACUGAUGAGAAGGAGAAUGAUAAGGACCGCCGGAGGAGCGAGUUGUAUGGUGUGAGACAGUGGGACACCGAACACUCUUCCUAUAGCAGUGGCAUCAGCAGAGCUCAGGGCUCCUCGUCCCUGAGGCCUGCUUUUGACAGAGUGCCAUCGUACAGUUCCGACUCUUGGGGUUCCCAUAGAGACAGAGACCGAGAGAGAGACAGAGAGAUUUCUUCCGGUAGUACAAGUGGCUUAGGUUAUGGAGGACGUGGGUCCACUUCAAACUUCAUGGCUAAAACACAGCAGGACUACACAGCCAAAUAUGAAGCCCACAGCUCCCGAAAUUCAGACUCCUAUUCUCAGCCCCACAGGUACAAUGGAUAUGGGGGAGCGAGCAGGUCAGCGGGAUGGGAUUCAGGACGUCAGGGUUUGGGGUACGGUUAUCAGGACCGGCCUUCAUCAAGCAGGCCAUUCAGCAGAGUCUACAAUAGCCCGGGCAGGAGCAGUCCUACCACGUCUCAGCUGGGCUCUUCAUCACAGCCUCUUCCCAUAUCUCAGUCAACAUUAGAUGACAAGCAAAGGCUGAUUGCUAAUGUAGCAUCUGCGUUGGUUGUUGCUUUUAGGGACCCUAUGUUUAUGACUGGAAGUGACUCGCCUAACUAUAAUUUCAUGUUGAGCCGCAGCAUUCAGGCGUGCAAGACCAACCCUGAGUAUAUUUAUGUCAACCUGAAGGAUAUUCCUCAGGCUGACCUACCAAAGAACAGGAAAGUACCAGCAGACGGUUAUGCCUGUGAACUGAGAUGUCAGGGUGUGUAUCUUGCUACCGGAUACUCCGGCAGUAAAAAUGGAGCGAGGGACCGCGCCUCUGAGCAGGCUGUAAAACUCUUCCUGAAACCAGUUGAAGUUCGUGUUGUGCAGCGCAAAUACAGACACUCAAUAGUUAAUGACAUGGUUGUGUGCCAGAUGCACAGCCCGACCCCGGCCUUUUUACCUGCACUCCGCAACCCUGAGGACAAACCUACGCCCAGCUCUAAGGGCCAAUACGAGCCCGACAAACGGAAGCACUGGACAGAGUUUGUGGUCAUGGACAACGCUCACGACGCCAUCUGCAUCCUCAACAACUCUGCAGCUUUCAAUCGCAUGAAGAUAGACUACAAGUUUGACCUUCUUCCCAAUAACAGUGCCUGGCUGUGCAGCGUCUUCCUGCAGGAUGAGCUGGUGGCGCAGGCGACGGGCACCAAAAAGAGCUCAAAGCACGCAGCCGCUCAAGAGGCGGUGAGUAAACUUCGCAUGAACCAGGCGCAGCGACAGCAGCAGCAGCAACAGCAGCAGCAACAACAGCAGCAGCAACAGCAGCAGCAGCAACAACAAUCACAAUACUCCAGAGGGAAUAACCAGUCAGAUUUUGGUGGACGCUUUGGGCAGCAGGGUGUCAAAAAGAAGCAUCUAAGUGAGUUGGUAAUCCUGGAAAACUCUGACAAUGCUAUUUGUAUCAUUAAUGACACAGCACAGUUUAAUAAAGUGACUGCUGAUUACAAGUUUACCGUUCUGCCUGAUCAUCGCUGGAGGUGUGAAGUUUAUGUAGAGGGGCAGUAUGUGGCAGCAGGCAUUGGGCCCAAGAAAAUAGUGAAGCACAUUGCAGCGGAGGAGGCUCUGGCCACCCUGAGACAGACGCAAGCUGUGGUCAAAUCCAACCUGAGAAAGGAGGGUCACAGUGACGCCAUAUCUCGAUCCCAGAUCCUGGCUCGCUCUGGUGAGGAGGCCACAAGACAGGAGAUAAAAGAAGACAACAUAGGAAACCAGCUGCUCCGCAAGAUGGGCUGGAAAGGUGGUGGUCUGGGCCGAGAUGGCGAGGGCAUCUCAGAACCGAUCAGAGUGAAGGAGCAGUUUUCUAGAGAGGGGUUAGGCAUGGACACAGACAAAACAGGAAAUCAACUCAGCAAGCGAGACAUUGAGGACAUAAUUCGCAACUACGCCAGCUCAGACCGUCAGGAUGAUCUUCGCUUCUCCACUGACCUCACCAAUGACGAGCGCAAACAGAUCCACCAGAUAUCUCAGAAGUACGGCCUACGAAGCAAGUCAUAUGGACAGGGACGGCAACGGUUCCUCAUUGUCAGUCGCAAAGUACACAAAGACCAGCUCAUCGGUCAACUUUUACAGGAAGGUCAGGUGGGACGAUAUGAGCUUGUGAAACCUCAGGCCUCUCACUAAUUUGCAUGCAAAGCAAACCAGGGGAAAAAUAGGCAAAAAAAAUCAUCAUAGGCUUGGACUUCAGAGCAAAACACAUUCAAGUGUAACUGCAAUGUUUAUACUUGUGUGUGUGACAAAUUACAACACACAUUAACAAAUGAGAAUCUUUCAGGUAUCACCUGUGGUUUCUGCAUUCCUUCGCCAUGAAAUGUACUUUAGCUUUAGCAGGAGCUGUAGGAUAAAUAAUUUAAUGUCUUUUGUGUCUCCUGCCAUUCCACAUGUCUUAUGUUUAACUUUUGCACAGGCUUGUGUUCAGUGCUUUGUGGUAUCAUGUCCUGAUGAUGCUCCAGUUAUUUCAUGACUUAAAAAAAAUGACAUUACAAGGUUUUUGUCACCAUUUUUUUUCGUGGCUAUUUAAGGAACCUGGCAGAAUAUGCAGCUUUUCACUGCUCGUUUGUGAACAACACUCUAGACAGUUGACUCAUGAGAGAUGAGGAUUAGAGAGGCAUUAUCGCUGAACUGUAGCUAGGUGCUCAUACCAGUCUCACUGUAGUGAUACAUGUCUAUUCAGCAAUACCUGCAAUGUUGUUUGCUCUUUCAACAUCUGGAGCUCAUUCUACAAAUACAACCUGCAUCCACAAUGUGAAAACCUUCACAUGGAAACUGUAAGCUGUGAUCUUUGUUAAAUGUCAGAUGUGUUGGUUUAUGUGAGUACAGUUAACUUGUCUGCUUGUUUUCACAGCUGUAAAAUCAGAAUAAAUGAAAACUUAUCAACAGGCUAAACUCGAUUCAGAUGGAUAUUUUUGUACUGAGUUUUUUAAAAAAGCAACAAAGACGACUGAUGUAUAUUUAUUUUAUUUACAAGAAAAUGUACAGUUUGUUACAUGGGUUACCAGUGCAAAGUUUUUAAUCUGAAAACAGACACCAUCCUGUUUUUAAACAGUAUCAUCAGCUCAUUAUGACAGCUGAUUUGUAAGAUUGUAAAAUAGCGUAAAAAUGUUCUCACACAGCCUUUAAAUGUCAGCAUUAUGAAAUUUGCGUGAAACAAAGUCAAGUGCCCAGAGAGGGUACUAAAUGUCUUGUUUCAGUUGUAGAGGAACAUAUGUGGUCACCAAUAUCUAGAACAUUUUUAAAAUCCAAGGCAUGGCUUUACAAGUAUUGUUGCGAGAAAAGGCAUCUGUUGUGUUGACAACUUGUUAGAGGGAUGGGUGUCCAUGCCAGGUUAAUUUUCUAUCCCACUGAAAGGCUUUCAAAAGGCAGAAAUAAAUAAAACCAAAAGGAGUGAACCCACUGAAACAGGAAUAACACCCAUGAACAGCUUUGUUGUUUUUUUGGAAAUAUGAACUGUUGGCAUCUACACAGCAAACCACACAGCAAGCAUAUCUAAUUAACUGUCACCGAAUCAUCCAGCCAGUUUAAAAAAAAAAAAAAAAACAGGUAGAAAAGUGAUAACUGAGAGACUGGCCAUUGCCUUUUUUUUUUUUU